AUGGAGCAACAAUUCCACCGCCCAUGUCGCCAAGGAUCGCAGUUGGUUGGAGACGACUAUGUUCCCUUCGAGUCCUUCGCUACCGGCCUGAUCGAUACCGGCAAGAUGAAAGUCGUCGGAUCCCAUGGAAAGCUGGUCCUCAAGAAUGUCUUGCAUAUCCCAAGCAGCGUCUGCAAUAUCAUUGGGAGCCCUAUCUUGGACGACUACAACCUCGAUACAAAGACUUCGGAAGCAUCGAUGGGCACUAUCAUGGACCUUGACGGUAAAGCCAUGGCGUACUUCAAACCCGCUCGCCAAUCUCAACGAUUUGAGGUAAGGCUCAGCGGACCCCCUAUCGGCCCACGACUUGGCCCUUCGCCCUUCGAUCCCUCCGGUCAUUACUUCAUCCAUGCACGAUGGCCCGAGAGUGAAAAGGCCCGCUUCGACGCGUUCCAGAGGGCCCCGCCAUCUGUGCGCUCGAAUGACGUUGAAAUGAAAGACAGUCCGGGAGAUCACCUUGCAGCCAGCCUUUUUGAUGAGAAAGAGCUCACUUGGAUCGAGUCAAACUGGGGAGAUCCUCACAACUUCAUGAUGAGUUACGGACUUAGGUUUUACAAGGAUGAGGAUUGCCUAGAAGCUAAACGUCUCGUGCAGGCUUUGAUGCAUGCUGACGACGAUGACGAAGAUGACGACGAGUCCGACCCGGAAGCGGGCUUUGCAGACCACCUCUUUGACGAGACAGAGCUCGAUUGGAUCCGGUCGAACUAUGGGACGUCGACCAAGUUCAUGACCAGCCAUGGCCUCAAGUUGCACCGGGAACGGGACUGCGAGGAAGCUAUAAGUCUGGUGCGUGUUUCGAUGCAUGGCGACGAGUCCGAAGAGGAACUGGACUUUGCAGACCAUAUCUUUGUGGGGAAAGAGCUCGAUUGGGUUCGGUCGAAUUGGAGAACCUCGACCAACUUCAUGUUCAGUCACGGACUCAAGUUCCACAAGAGUGACGACCGUGAAGAGGCUCGAGCCAUUGUCCGUACCUCUAUGAGGGAAGACGAUGACAUCUAUGAAGCUGCCAUGACGGUGCUCCGCUCCCGAAUGGCGAAUAAGACUGUUCCACGCCGGGACCUCGCCGAAGCCCAGGACAUCAUCCGAACUUAUAUGAUUACCAAGAAUGCCUCUGGCAGCGGCCAGAAAUGA